AUGACAGCUGUCAGUGUGUUCGGAUAUUGUCUGUGCAUUACAUUUGUGUUUACGGAGGUUGCUUCAUGGACGACCGAUUUGGAAGAAGUGAGAAGAUAUUUUGAUCAUCAAAAGCAACACGACGACCAUCAUCACCAUUUGAAUGAAUAUUAUGGCGAUAAUUAUGAAGACUACGAUGGUAUGAAAGGGCAGCACGAUAGACAAUACGCCGAGGAUUAUGGAUAUGAGACAUAUAUGGAAGGGAAGUUUAACAAGAAUAUCAAUCAGACCGUCGUGCCUGGACAGAGAUGGAACGACACGUCACCUUCACUUCCUUCGAAUUCAAGCUGGGUACCCGGCUUAAAUAUAGACCCUGAUUGGCUGCAAAUCCUAAAUUCAAGUGCAUCUGCGAUGGAAGGCUUAAACCAGAACCCUGCAGAGCUGAAUUCUAACACAAUGUGGCAAUCGGCAUUGGAGGCACCGAUUAGGAAUUUUACAGAGAUGGAAACUGAAAGGAUUAAAUGUGAAAAAGCGACCAAGGAGAGAGAACACGUUAGGAGGCUGGCUGAUCUCGCGCUGUGGACUACGAGAGAGUUGCAGGACCGCGCGAUGAGUGGGAUGCCUUACCUCGUACGUUUCAACUUAAUUAUUUGUGAAC